GUCAGGCACCAUCUGGAGAGGAGUGAACAGUCCACCCUUCGGUCGCAGACACUUCAUCAAGACUAAUUAGCUUCCCAUUAUCUCGGCGAACUGCCGGUCAAGAAACGGUAUAAGUAUCAGCUUUCAACACUAGAGCUCUGAGUGGUUAAAUAUAAGACUUGUCUGAGUUUCCCUCGGUCCCGGAGAAACAAUAUUUGUCUUAGCAACCACAUUUUCUGCGGUUCGUUUCCGGAAAUUGGCUGCAGUAAUCUGGUUUGCAAACAGAGAGACUUCAUUUCUCCUGGAAGGAGUGGACUCAGGAUCAUUUGUGGCAGCGUUCUCUCUGACUUCCAGUUCCACAACAGCACCUGGAGCGCCGGCCAGAGCGUCCCCACACCGGGAAAUAAAGCGACUUCCAACCAGCCGGUUCGAUUACAACCCUUUAGGGCCAGGGCGGGCUCAAGGUGUAAGGGAUCUCCCUUACCUCGCACGGAAUCGGAACUUCGCUCAAAAGUGUACACCUGUUUCCCUGCGUUAGUGUGGAGGUAUUUCAGCGGUUUACAGACUGCGGGGAUUGCCUGCUCGAACCCGAACCAGGAUUACAGUGGCACACUCACUGGGUGCUGGGCUGGUGCAGCGAGUAGACAAUGUCCAGAAAGAAAGGGACAUCAGAUGAUGUGUGGCCUGACAGUGAAAUGGAUCCAGACGCUGGAGGGACGAUCCAGAACUUCAGAGUGAAUCUUAAUGAACACAACAGUCUGCAGGAAACUCUGGAAAAGGCUCGCGAACUGUUCCAGCAUUGUGACAAAGAGGAGAAGGGCUUCAUUACGAAGAGAGACAUGCAGAGAUUGCAGAAUGAGUUGCCCUUGACUCCAGAGCAACUGGAAGAUGUCUUCGACAGCUUGGACCAGGAUAAGAAUGGCUACUUAACACCGGUAGAAUUCAGCAUGGGCCUUGGGCAAUUCAUUGGCAUCAAAGUGUUGCCAACAGCAGAGAGACUGGAAAGCUCAAAGCAUGAUGAAACCUUUGAAUCUGGCUGGUCAGAAGAGCUGGAUAUUGUCACAAAUGUGGAAGAGAAGCAGUUUUGUUUCAUGAUGGAACAGCUUGGGGCUUCACAGAUCUUUGAGGAUCAAAGUGAGGUAAGGGAGUUAUGGGCCAGGCUCCACAGAGGGAAGCCUGAGCUGCUGGCCAACUUUGAACAGUUCUUAGCCAACCUUUCAACACACAUCCAGGAGAUGCAGCAGGAGAAGGAAAUCAUGGAACAAGCAAUGAAACGGAAGGAGUACGAGCAUGAUAGAGAGGUACGCUGCCUGUACGAGGAAAUGGAGCAGCAGAUUAAGAGAGAGAAAGAAAAGUUAAUAAAUCAGGAUGUGUGGAAGCACACUGAACGGAACCAUCAGCUGGAAAGGGAGCUGAAGAGGAAGGAGCAGGACUUGGAAAAUAUCAUUCUACAGCAAAAGAAGCUGGAACAACAAUUCGAGGAGUUUAACUGUGAGCAAAUAGAUGUCAGGAUGCAAAAUGAGAGACUGAGACAGAUGAAUGAGGAGCUGCAGGAACAGCUGGAGAAGACUAAGCAAGACCUGAACAAUACACGCUAUCACCUGCAGAUUCUUCAAGAAGAGGCCCGAAAUGAACAUCAGAAGAAAGCAAGGGAUGUUCUGAAGGUGUCAAGGAACAUGCAGAAGGAGAGAGAAAGUCUAUUGAGACAGCUGGAGCUGCUCAGGGAGAUGAACAAGAAGCUCCGAGAUGAGAAGGAUGCUCAUGAAGCCAAGAAGCUGCAACAUACAUCAAAGUUGCUGGUGAACGCAGCAGGCCAAGCAGCAUCUAUAGGAAGAGGCGCAGUCGACGUUUCAGGCCGAGACCCUUCAUCAGGACUAACUGAAGGAAGAAGCUCCCCCAGAAAAAAGCUUCUGUUGAAGAGAGGUUCAGUGAUAGGGAAUUACCUGGUGGAAGACAAACCAGUCAAACGGCAGCUUGUCACUGCAGAUCUGUCCGUCACCAGAGAAGUGACAUCAGAGCCCAGCAAGAAGAACUGUAAAUAUGUACCAAAUGCGAUGGGUGCAAGCAAAGCUGGUGAUGAAGGUCUGUGCAGUCCAAAGUCAACAGAAGAUGAAAGGCUGUCAGUUGAGGAUGCAGGCUGUGAGAUAGCUGGGCUAUCUGUACAGACCUCGGGAGAGGAAGAUGAAGCUCCGCUUUCACCCCGAGGCCAGCCAAUUGGCACUGAAACAAUGGAGUCUGAGCCAAUGAGAUCGUCCCCUGAUAGAAUGUUUAAAGUGGUGUUUAUCGGGAACUCUGGUGUUGGGAAGAGCUCGUUCAUUCAUCGAUACUGCUAUGACCGAUUUCUCACUGAAACUAAUGCAACAAUUGGCAUUGACUUCCAAGUGAAGAGUUUGGUUUUGGAUAAUACACGAGUAGCUCUCCAACUGUGGGAUACUGCAGGCCAGGAACGAUUUCGUAGCAUUUCCAAGCAGUAUUUCCGCAAAGCAGAUGGUGUGGUGGUGAUGUAUGAUGUUACGUCUGAGGCGUCCUUCACAGCUGUCAGGAACUGGAUGGCCGAUGUCCAGGAAGGAAUUGAUGAAAGAGCAGUUAUUUGUCUACUUGCCAACAAAAUAGAUGUUCUGAACUCUGGAACACAAAGGGUGUCAAAAGCAGAAGGUGAACGGCUAGCAAAGGAGUACAACACAGUUUUCUAUGAAUGCAGUGCCAGAUCAGGAUACAACAUAAUGGAACCACUAUUGCAAGUGGCAAGAUUAUUAAGUGAACAAGAAGACAGACAGAGAGAAGAUGCCUUGCAUUUAGAUGUCUGUGACAAGAAAAAAGGCUGCUGCAAAUGAAAUUGAACAAAGAAGAAC